AUGAGAUUGCCUCAAUUGGUGCGAGAAACGUGCGUUCUCCUCCUCGAGUUAAUCCUAUAACCUACAGGAUCCCGGGGCAGUACUCGCAAAGAGAUAUGGUGCUUGGAUAUCUUACACCAAGGGAAUAUCUUCACCGAGUUAGACGAAUGGAACUUGUCGACGACGACAUCAUUAUUGCCUCGUAUCCGCAAACAUGUACAACCCCUAUUGAGCAAAUCGUCCUCAUGUCUUCCCACCCCGAAGACUUCGACAAGACAAAGGGCGGCGCAUACAUUACUCUGCCCUUCCUCGACCAUUCCCUGCCCGAAGGCACAAACGGCAUCAAACUUUUCGAAGCGUCUGGCCACCCGAGAAUUCUGAGAACGUUUUUACCCUACCAGUGCAUCCCCCGGCAGGCAGACGAAGGUGUCGCAAAGUGUAUUUACAUCAUGCGCAACCCAAAAGACGCGCUCGUCGACUUGUACCACAUGUACAAAACUAACACAUUACUAGGCAAAUUCCCCGGAACGUGGUCUGACUUCUUCGAGCUAGUUUUGGCUAACAAUGUGUGCUACGGAGACAUAUUUUAUCAUUACCUGAGCUGGUGGCUCCACAGAGGACAACGUAAUGUUUUGAUCAUAAAUUUUGAAGAUAUUCUGAGAGACAGACGACAGAUGAUUGAGACCAUUACGUCUUUUUGUGACCAGACGGCAGUGUCGUCUGCAAAAAUGCACCAGAUCACGGAGGCAGUUUCAAAUUUUGCUGUUCAACCAUCAACAUGGAAGAAAUAUUUUACCGUUGAACAGAAUGAAGUAUUUAACACUUUAAUGCACGAACGUCUCGUUGAAUCUGGUUUAGAUCUUUUCCUGGACAUUUAAUUUCUCCGCCGGAACACGUAGCAUCAACCUGCAUGCUAGUAAAACAGAAUAAGUAGAUAGGUUGACUAUAGGAAGAAGCCAUGUGGGCCUGACUACCAGACACAUGUGUUCUCAGUUGGCCUGGAGUUUCGAUCUUCAAGUCCCAGUGACUAUACAUGCACUCCGGAUACAGUGGACCGGCCGACUUAUAAUCUCAUCCCUCAAACAGAAGUCUUUGAAAUUUCUUG